AUGGCGGGGCGCUGCGGCACGGCGCGCCGAGGAGCGGGGAGGUGCUUCACGGCUCGGGCGAGCACGCGCGCUGGAGAGAGAGCCGCGGGACACGGGCACGCCUGGCCACGGCGGUGGACCAAGACAGAGGGGAACGAGAGGGAGCUCCGGUGCGGGACGCGCGGGAUGCUGCGGCUCGGGCGCGGCCAGGGCGGUCGCACCCGCGCUGCGGCAGCAAGAUCCGCACGGGCCGAGGAGCAGCGGAACCAGGGUGCCGCGUGCGCGGGCGUGGCGUGGGAGAGGAAGCGGAAAGGGGCGCCGGUUGCGCGAGGCGUGGCGACUGCGAGCGCGGCCCCGGCGAGUUGUUCGGAAGGGCGGGGCCAAGGCUGGACGCAGCCACGGCCUAGUGGUGGAGAAGCUCGGCGCUGGCAACUCCGAGCGCGGAGCGGAGGAGAUUUGCACUGCAAGGGAGGGGAAACAGACAGAGGCAAGGGGAGUAGUACCCGGCAGCAGCAAUAUAAAAAAGAAGGGGAUAGCGUCGGUGGUACACAUCGUACCGACGCUGGCACUGUGGACACGUCGGGUGCUCGACACAUAGACAACAACAGCAAAAUGACCUUGGCCUAA